AGAGGACCCACAGGGAACUUUGUGGUUCGAAAUUUAUCAACGCAACAAGGUUUUUGUCAAUAAAGUGUGAUAAUGGCUGCAUCAGGUAUGUUUGAUCCAACUUAAAACUCAUCGGUUUUCAUAUUAUAAUGGCAAUUGGAGGUAGCUAGCUAUAGCCUAACUAUCGAAUAGUUGCUUUUUUAUGGAACUAAUGGACUGCAAGGUUAGCUAGCUUAGCACCUCUGAUUAGCUAGCAUGAUUGUGCUCAAUGUUUAGAUAGCUAGCUAAAGUUAUUUCGAUAAUAGUUUGUGUAUGUCAGUUCAGCUUCCCUAUUCAUUUGAUAACAGUUGUGUUAUGUUAUAGCUAGUCUCCAUGUGAAUCAUAGAAGGAAUCCGAUUGUUUUAGGCGUGGAAUAUACAGGCCUACGUUUUUGCUACACAUCAACAAAGGAAGAAGUUGUCCAAUUUCUAAAUUAUUUGAUUUCUCACUUCAUUUGCAGGUCCCAAUAAGGACAUCAGAGCUGGGUGCAAGAAAUGUGGUUAUCGUAAGUCAUCUUUAUUGCUUAUAUCAUGUCUCUAACUCUACAUAUUCAAUCCUUGUGAAUACAGUUACAGCAUGUUAUUUGCUGUCCCCUGACCCCUGAGUGUGUCAUAAUCAUACUGUGCUACAUACAUCUUCUCUCUAAAGUACUUCCCUUCAUUACUCACUUCUGUACCUUUGUCAUUUUAUCAGCGGGCCACCUGACGUUCGAGUGCCGUAACUUUGUGCGUGUGGACCCCCGGAAAGACAUUGUCCUGGACGUGAGCAGUACAAGCAGCGAAGAGAGUACAGAGGACGAGCAGGAGGAUCUGCCUAACGACAAGCUGGGCCGGGGAGGAAAAUACUCAAAAGGUCAAUACAGUACAACAGACAAUGUUUUAUUUUAUUUAACCUUUCUUUUAUCAGGGAGUCAUACUGAGACCACAGUCUAUUUUACAGAUGUGCCUUGAAUUACAGAAAUUACAGAAAAUACACACAUCAAAAUAUAAAUACAAAAUGCAAGCAGAAAGAAAAACAGUCAUAAAAAACAAACACAUUCAUCCGUACUAAAGUCCUCAAUCAGCUUUCUGAAUUGUCCUAGAUGCACCAAAACAUCAAAUUUAAGAACAUUUUGAAGCUUGUUCCACAAAUAACAGAACAAUAGUUAUGUCAUAACAGACUUAGCACUGCUGCAUUACUCUGUUAUAACACACACAGUUAUAUGACCUAGUCCCUGCUAGUUAUUUAUCAAUCCUUGGCUUCCAUCACCUGUGUUGUGCUCACUUUUAUUCAAGUGUUUUUUUGUCUGAAUGGUUUUGUGUAUUUGUCCUGAUUGCUGUAGGUUCCCAUGAGGAUGCCAGGAAAGUUAAACACAAGAGGAGGAAAAGUAAAGACAGAAAGUCUGAAAGAAAGAGGUACGUCACAUUGUCUUUUAAUUCCAGUAUCUAUGAGAAAUAAUUAUGUUUAGUCUCAGUGGUGUUGUAUGUUUAAUAACUGUGGAUGUUCUCAUUUUCUGCAGGUCCUUUUCAUCGAGUGACGAAGAGGGGAGCAAGAAGAGAAAGAAACACAAAAGCCACAAGAAAAAGGGCAAGAAGGAAAAGAAGGAUUGUCACAAGAAGAAGCAGAAGAAGAAACAUGAAUCUUCCUCAACUGACAGCUCCAGCAGGUCAUCUGACACUGAUUGAGAAGAUGGAACAUUUAGGGACAGAUUUACUGAGUAUUUGCACCUGUCAUUUUACAGAGGAAUCAAACUAAGACAUGAAAUUGUAUUUAGACACACUUUACCAUAAGAUGUUAUACCCUUUUCUUAAACUUUAAUUUGAUAUUUUGUUCUAUGUUUUAUGUCCUAUGGAAAGUAAUAGGUGCAGACACAGAGUGUAUCUGGCCCUUGCGUUUCACAGAUUCAAGGACCAUGCGUAAGUCUGGUCAAUAUAGCCUCUGCUACAAAUGAAACAAUGGACCCACAUUUACUGUUACUUUUUUGACUUUGGUGAACACUGAAUUUUUUUUUUUGUUAUUGAUGGAAUUUGUUAUUAAAGGUAUUCUAUACAUAACAAGCUUGUAGAUUAUCUGAUUUAUUAGCAAACCGUCUGAACGUUUUAUUUUCCAAGUGUUGAUCUUUCAAGUAAGGUACCAGAAUGGAAAAGGCAGAUGAAAGAAAGGA